CGAGGAAUCUCAACGCGACGAGUAUUAUAGAGAUAAAAUAAUGAAACAAAGUAUCGUUCGCUCGUCAAGUACUCGGCACUCGUGGUCAAUCGGCACCGUUUAUCUUAUUUCGUUUCAAAUAACAUUUGGUUAUCGCGGCCGCUCGUCCGUCUCCUUAUCUCGUUAAAAGACAACGCGGAGAGCAUCUGGGUACAUGGUUUGUCCGUUUUUGUAUCAGUCCUUGAAUAUGUACCGAGUCCGUUUGAGUGAUUUCGUGACGAAAUCGUGGAGAUCCAAUGCGCCGGCGGUCCAUCGGAGAUCGAUCGCCAUCCGACAUUCUCUCGUUUACGGAUCUGACGUCGCGACAGCUCGAAAGCAUGGCCUGCCGAUCGUUGCAUUGGAAUCGACAAUUAUCACGCAUGGCAUGCCGUAUCCUGAUAAUUUGAACACCGCGCUGAAAGUUGAGGACGCAGUCAGAAAGCAAGGUGCUGUACCUGCAACGAUAGGAAUCAUAAAUGGCAGGAUACACGUGGGCUUGAACCGCGAACAGCUGGAGACCUUAUCUAAAGCUGACUCUGCAAGAACCAUGAAAUGUUCACGCAGGGAUAUCUCUUUCAUCGUAUCACAAGGAUUGAAUGGCGGUACGACAGUCAGUGGCACGAUGCUAAUUGCACAUGCAGCUGGUAUUCCAAUAAUGGCAACAGGUGGUAUCGGCGGUGUUCAUCGAGGAGCUGAACUGACUUUCGAUAUCAGCGCAGAUCUGAUUGAACUUGGACGUACUCCGGUGGCAGUUGUCUGUUCUGGUGUCAAAUCCAUCUUGGACAUUGGCAAGACGUUAGAGUAUCUGGAAACUCAGGGAGUACCGGUUAUAAAAAUAGGCCAGACACCAGAAUUCCCAGCCUUUUACUGUUCCGAAACUUCAGACAAGAUAAAAGCACCGUGUAGAAUCUCCAAUGCCGAGGAAGCAGCUGGUAUCGUGAAGGCACAGGGAAAAUUGGGGAUUAACACGGGGAUAUUAUUUGCAGUCUCCAUUCCAGAAAGAUACGCGCUGCAGCCUAGCGUUAUGGACGACGCGAUUUCCGAAGCUUUAAAGACAGCCGAUGCUAUGCGUAUAACGGGCAAGCAGAUCACGCCGUUUCUUCUAAGCGAACUCAACAAGAUCACGCGUGGUCAGUCUCUUGAAACGAACAUAGCUCUCAUAGAAAAUAAUGCCAAGGUCGCGGCCGAAAUCGCCUCGAAUCUCUACGAGAGAUCUCAGACAGGAUCUACCACUGUACGUUCGAUAAUAUCGAAGCAAAAACCGAUAGUGAUCGGCGCGUCAGUUCUGGACACCGUCUUGCAGGUGAAGGAGCCCGAAAUAAACAAUGACGGUAGAACGCACACUGGGCGAAGCAGACGCAGUUGCGGUGGGGUUGGUCGAAACGUCGCCGACGCAUUGCUCAAGCUCGGUUUAAAAAAUACACGUCUGAUAUCCGUCGUUGGCAACGACGAGCAUGGGAACGAUAUUCUUGAGAGCCUAGGAGCCGGGGCCGAGAUGGUAAAAUGCAUAUCGAACGUGGAUACCGCGAGAUUCACGGUAAUACUGAAUGUUAACGGCGAAUGUCACUUUUGUAUUAGCGAAAUGGAAUCCUUCAGCGCGAUCACUCCAAAGUUGAUAAAAGAGUAUCAGUCACAUCUCGAAAAAGCAAGUCUCAUCGUUCUCGAUGCUAAUCUCGAACUGGACACCAUGCGCUGCGUGCUGGAUAUUGCAUGGCAAGCAAAUGUCCCAGGUGACAGUUGGUUCCCUCGUGCCCACGUCCAACUUGUAAAUAUUUUCUGGUACGAGCCUACGGACGUACAAAAGGCGGCAAGGCUAUUUCAAGUCGGGGCACAAUGGCAAGACGUGCUACACUUCAUCUCGCCCAACCAGAACGAGCUGAAAGUCAUAGGCAGACAGUUUAACAUCCCCGUAGAUGAAAGUAUGGACUUGGCGGCUGUGAGAAACGUGGCCGAACAGUUGAUCGAAUACAUUCCGGUCAUUAUAACUACCUUGGGAGCGCAGGGAGUAUUGGUGACCCGAAGAGCUUCGCAAAACGUGCCCUUCUACGACGAAAGUGGCGAGCUGAUCGCCAAUUCGUCGGUCGCGUCUCGAUUGUACCCCGCUGUCGACGGCACGGCAGAGACGGGUGAGAUGCUCAACGUAAGCGGAUGCGGAGAUUGUCUCACCGCUGGAAUAAUUUACGGGAUUCACAAGGACCUGGAUGAAGUUGAUUGCAUCUCUGUGGCUUUGAGAGCCGCCGCACUUUCGCUGAGAUCUUUCGACGCGGUUCCACGGACGCUCCGCGACGCUCUUCAUCAGCGAUAAGCCUAAUUGAUAAUAUCUCGUCGCAAUUAAAUUUAUAUCUAAUUGGCUGUAAAUUAAUAUACAGUUUUAUACAAUUGUAUUCUAUUUUAUUUACAAAUUCACGUAUUUUGAAAAUUACUCUCGUAAACAACUAUCGUUUAUGUUUGUUUUACGUUACUGUAUUUCAAUAAAGUAUUAUUUUUAUUAUUA